AUGUUGCCGUACAUGGCCAGUUAUAUGAAAAAAUAUGCGGAUAGUAGUGUGACGCUGGAGAAGUUGAUAUGGAUACCCACGUUUCAAGGCUGUUUUCCGUUUGCCAUGGUAAUUGGAGGGUAUUUGAGUAGUCGAUUGGGGCCGAGAUUGGCCGCUGGGCUUGGCUGUGCUAUGAUGAGGUAAAUUGGAGUUUUUUUUGUUCUUUAAUGUAGUUUUAGACAUUGGGAACAAGGUUUUUGAUGUUUUAAUAAAGGUCUUUAAUUUUACGUUGCGCAGCCUGCGGGUGACAAGUUAUACGAUAAUACUUAAUUAUGUUUUUGAUUGAAACUUAUGGUCAUUAUGGAUUUGUAAUGUUUUUUUUACUACUAUUUUAAGCAUUUUAAGCAAAGUUCUCUUCAUUUUAAAUUAAAAAAUUUAAAGUUUAGUUAUAUAUAGUUAUAGAGGCGCAUACUAUAUUAACCUAUAUAAUUUCAGUGGUGGAGUAUUUUUGUCGUAUUUUACGAUAAAACAUUCAUUUCUGUCAUUCCUCUUCACAUACGGCUUUAUGUUUGGACUAGGCCAAGGGAUUGCGUAUGUGAUAGCAGUAAGUUGUGUCAUCAAUUGGGCACCACAUAUGGUGGGACUUGGCUCUGGUAUUGUGGCAGCUGGCUUCGGUAUUAGUUCGAGUAUUUUUGCACCGAUCCAGACGAGAAUGAUCAAUCCUGACAAUCUGGCUGCUUCUAAAGAAGGGUAAUAUAAUUUGUGGUCAAUAAAUAUAGUUCUUUUAGUGAAGUUUUUAAUUGUAAUUUCACUUCUAAAGCUAUAUUUACUUAUAAUAUCUCAUUUAAAUUUCUAAUGUCAUAUUUUAGGUAUUUCAACGAAACAGCGUUAUUGGAAAGAGUACCAGACACAUUCUUAAGCCUAUCAAUUGUCUAUGGACUGAUGCAGUUAAUAGGCUUGAUAGUCGUAUGUGAUCCUCCACAGGAUGUAAGUUGAUUUUGACUUACAGUUCCAAACUUUAGGCUUAAUUGUGGGCUAUUUUUAAUUUUUUUUUGUAAUUAGGCUUAGGUUUGUAAUUAGUUUGUAACUAGAAAUUUAUAGAUUACUGAUAAAACUUAUUUUUAGUUUGUGCGGAAACAUUUGGACCAUUCAGCCUUGAUUGACAUGGCCUGGCUGUCAAAGAAACGUAGUCAAUAUAUGGGACAAAACAAAGUCAGCUUCAACCGGUAUGGCUAUGUCAAAUUACCGGUCAAACGGGAUUCUGUUGAGUUUGAUUCUCCUACUAGGAAAAGGGUAAGUUGUCUAUGAUAACAUAGCAAUAUCAAGCCGUAAAGUAAAGCAAUGUAAUGAUAAUCUAAUACUAUGUUUCUAAAUACGACUUUUCAGCCAGACCAAGACGUCGAGAUCCAGGAUUCAGACUCCGACGAUGACCUUAACAUAAAGCCAGAGAGUCAGUCGAUGACACCAGAAGAAAUGCUCAAGUCCUCCACCUUCCACUGGCUCUUCGUCGCUCUGUUUUGUUGCUCUUUCUACGGCAAUUUCUUCUACAACUUGUACAAGACGUUUGGCGAGACAUUCAUCGAGGACGACUUCUUCUUUGCCACCGCUUUUAGUAUUGGCAGUGCGGCCAAUGCGUUGGCUAGGAUUGGCUGGGGAUUAUUGACCGAUAAGACCAGUUUUCAAGUGUCCUUAUCAUCAGCGACUUUUAUCGCGACUAUUUUGUUGCUCACUAUGCCAAUUACCGCGCAUUUUGGAAAGUUUGCGUAUCUUCUUUGGGUAAGUUUGGGUUUAAAAGCCUUGUCGUUUUUGGGGUGCAAAAUAUAUAUAAAGUGGCGAUAGGACUUUUUAGAUUUUUCAAUAUUUAUGUUUUAAGGCUGCGUAAGGUAAGCUGAGGAAAAAUAUAUGAUAAAAAAAAAAAGAUUUAAAAAAUUUUUGGAAUAUUGUUUGAUUAUAAAAUGUCAUUUUAGCUAACUGGAAUGUUCGUAUGUUUGGCAGCAACUCAUGCCCUGUUUAUCACAGCUGCUGUCAGGUGUUUUGGUACAAAAUAUAAGACUAUCAACUACGGUUUUCUUAUUUUUUCGACUGUAAGUUAUAUUUUUGCAUUAUUUAGUGGACUUUCUUUAUAAAAAACACUGUAAAACAUUAACUUACGUAAAUUAUAAGAGGUUUCUUUAAUAAUUUGUAUUAGAAUUUGUUUUAUAAUAUUAAAAUCUACCUUUUUAGACAUGUAGCGGCAUAACAUUAGCCAUAGGCUGUCAAUACCUACUUGGUGCCAUCGGUUACACAUGGGCAUUCAUUUUCGCUGCCGCUUUCCCAUUUAUUGCAUUUAUCAUCACAACGGCGAUCCGAGUUACUCCACAAGGACAUCUCAUAGUUUAA